UUCUUGAUAUUUAAUAUGUGCGGACACAAUGAGACAAAGGUUACAGAGAUCCAUCUUCUUGGAUUCCAAAGUCUACAAAACUUCAAACCUCUACUCUUCUUUGCCCUGCUUUUACUUUACAUAGCAAUAGCGGGUGGAAACCUUUCAAUUGUCUUUUUGGUGUCAACCAGUGAUAACCUUAAAACACCAAUGUACUUCUUUCUCAAAAAUCUAGCCAUUGCUGAUGUUCUCCUAACCACGUCAAUUGUGCCAAUGAUGUUAGAGCUUAUACUAAAGUCAAAAGGAUCCAUAUCUCUUGAUGACUGUAUCACUCAGUUGUACUUUUAUGGAAUUAGCGGGUUUGUUCAGUGCUUCCUUCUGGCAGUAAUGGCUUAUGAUCGAUAUGUAGCUCUUUCUAACCCUUUAAACUAUAUUUUAAUCAUGAAGUCAAGCCUUUGCUUCCGGUUUGUUUUUGGUUCUUGGGCAAUAACAUUCUACCUUACAACAAGUGAAAUUAUUUUGAUAGGUCAAUUUGAAUUCUGUGGAGGCAGUAACCUUGACCAAUUUUUCUGUGACUACAGCCCAUUGGUGGAACUAUCUACUUCAGACACAUCCGUUGUGUUAUGGAUAGACUUUGUGUACGCAUUAUUUACAUUAUUUGUUCCUUUAACAAUUAUCCUUGUGUCUUACAUCUACAUUUUUAUCACCAUUUUGAAGAUUAGAUCCUUCACUGGAAGGAAAAAAACCUUCUCAACAUGCAGUUCCCACCUUACCACCGUUUGUGUAUACUAUGGGACUUUUAUCGCUAUCUACAUAAUUCCAUCCAAUGAAAGGAUGUCUGAUCUAGACAAGUACAGGUCUUUGUUGUACACUGUGGUGACCCCAUUGAUGAAUCCUAUCAUAUACAGCCUGAGGAAUGCUGAGCUUAAUCAAGCUUUUCACAAAAAAGUUAAGAAACAUUUGAUUCUGAAAUUAUAAUUAAUAAUCUAAUAUCUUUUCAACGCUCUUCUAAUAUCACUACUGAUAUGUUUAUUUUUUUAGUUGUUUUCUUGUUUAUUUCUGUAUUUCUUUAUCUCUUACUAUCCCCACCCUCCAAAGCCUCCAAGCCCGCUCAUCUAAUAUCCAAUUUAUUUUUAUGUUUUUUUUUUCCUUACUUAAUGUUAUUUAUCUGUUACUCUCCCCACCCUCCAAAGCAAAUUAUAUAAGCACUAUCAGUUAACACACACACAUAUAAAAAAAGUUUAGAA